AUCCGGUUUUAAUUGAGUAAUUUUUAAGAUUAAAUUUGGUAAAUUUUAAGUUUGUUACUUUUUAAAAGUUUAAAAAUGGUUUCUAAUCUUGUUUAAUGAGUUGCGAUUAAUUUUUUUUUUGCCUUACAUUGUACUCAUCCGACAGAUAUAUUUGCCCUGAGUUCCUCUGUGUGUCCUAUUCAUAAGAAGACAAAAUAAUAAUUCAUAAGACAAAAUAAUAAUUCAUAAUCAGAACAAUAACCAAAAUCAAUCUGCCAAUUUAUUUCAUUACUGCCACAAAUCAAGUUGCCUGAUUCAAAAUGUCUUUUCGAGCGAUUCGUCAAAGCAAAUUCCGUCAUGUGUACGGCCAACCACUGAAAAAAGAGCAAUGUUAUGAUAACAUUCGAAUAACAAAGAGUGCCGUUGACUCGACUUUUUGUGCAGUCAAUCCAAAAUAUUUGGCCAUCAUUACAGAGGCAGCUGGGGGAGGGGCUUUCUUAGUACUUUCCCUUGAAAAGACAGGCAGAAUAGAUAGGGAUGCUCCCUUAGUUGUUGGUCACAAAGCUGCAAUCCUCGACAUACAGUGGUGUCCCCACGAUGAUGACAUCAUAGCCAGUGGGUCUGAGGAUUGCACUGUCAAAGUUUGGCGCAUCCCUGAAGCAGGCAUGUUCAGGAACAUAGAUGAACCAUUAGUUGAUCUGGUUGGACACCAGAGGAGGGUAGGGCUGGUUGUCUGGCACCCUUCUGCUCUGAAUAUUCUUCUUAGUGGUGGAUCUGACAACCAUGUGAUACUGUGGAAUGUUGGAGAGGGAGAGGCCAUAAUGUCCAUUGAGUUCCCAGAUAUCCCACUCAGUGCAUCCUGGAAUUAUGAUGGAUCCAGAUUUGCAGUGUCAAGUAAGGAUCGCAAGGUCAGAAUUGUUGAUCCUAGAACUGGUGAAGUCUUGAAGGAAGGAGCAACACAUGAUGGCAGUAAAUCUACCCAGGUGGUUUAUUUAAAGAAUGGUCAACUCUUCACUACUGGUUUCUCGAAGAUGGGCGAGAGGCAGUAUGGCAUUUGGAAUGAGGAUCUGUCCAAUGUGAUGAUCCACGACAUCGACACGAGCAAUGGAGUUAUAUUCCCAUUCUAUGAUCCGGACACCAGCAUCAUAUACCUCUGUGGAAAGGGUGAUAGUGCCAUCCGCUACAUAGAAAUCUCGAACGAACCUCCAUAUGCACACUUCCUCAACAUGUACCAGUCCUCCGACCCACAGAGAGGCAUUGGCUGGAUGCCCAAAAGGGGCCUCAAUGUCAAUGCCUGUGAGAUUGCAAGAUUCUACAAGCUGCACAGUAAAGGAUUGUGUGAAGUCAUCCCCAUGACAGUGCCAAGAAAGUCCGAGUUGUUUCAGGAUGACCUCUACCCCAACACGGCAGGUGACAUCCCCGCACUGACUGCAGAGGAGUGGAUCAGCGGCAAGAAUGCUCCCCCUGUUCUGGUCAGUUCAUUUUUUGUGGUUUCGCUGGGUAAUUUGGGUAGGAAACAGUUGCCUCGAUAA